GUGUAACUUUUUGUUUUGGCUUUUAGCGCUACAACCUCCGGUUGGCCGUUAUCACUCGUGGCUUGCAAUGCUUCUCUACGGAAGCGAGCUUUGCACGGCCUUUCUUGCAUCUUUAACCCAGUUUGUGUUUCUAAUGUAUUAGCAUACUUUCUGGUCACAGAGCUAACUGUUGACUUCUCUAAAGGCGCUAAAGAACAUGUAAUACUUGAAAAGCGUGAAAGGUGGUUUUUCAGACACUCUGAGUUGUUUUGUGGUAUCUGGAGAUUCCUCAAAGACUCCUGUAGCGAUCACGACUAAAAAGAAUUCGUCCACGAAAGGAUUACAAAUAUUUGAUUUCGUUUCCUAAGUUAGGCUUUUGCUUCCGAAUGAAAAUAAAGAUGGCAGCCAAUCUGCUGCAAGAAUAACAUGGGAAAUGGCAUUUCAAAAACGUAUUUUGCAUGGAUUGGAUUGUUUGGAAACGUCUUUCGGGAGUCUCCAAACAACCCCGAUACGAUAGAAAGUGCCUUUGAAUAACAUUCAGUAGUUUUCGAAAGUACCCGCUAAGUUUACUAUUAGGAUAAACGGUGGUUAGCUCGGUUACCGCUGAGCUGCUAUUGGAAACCAAAAAAGGGGCACAAACUGACAACAAAUAUUCGUAUUCUUUCUUUACUGCUGCUUUCGAACUUCUAUGUAUAUAAAAGUUAUUAAAAUUCAGUCCUAAGCGAAACACGCAAAUAGGCGACGUGAAAUAUGUAUACUGCGUGGUGUGUCACGUGACAUGACAAAAAUGAAUGGCCAGACCCCUUCGGGUCAAAGUUCAUUGACAUGCAAACAUGUGAUAAUUGUGUUUUUGCUGCACUCUCCAUUACCCUCUAUGUUGAAGGGUAUUUGCACUGCUUUUAGUUCGUCUUAAGAUCAGAUGUCUCAAACUGCAUCGCAGUGUAACCUUGAAAAGGAGCGCUAAAAACAACAGUACAAUUUAAUUCUCUUUAGCUUUAUUUAUGUAGUGAGUUUACAGCAAGCUCAGAAGGCCUUUUGGUAAGGUCACUACAUGCAUAAGGAACCUUUCAUGUAGUCUGUUGAUGAAUAAAGUCUAACCAGAUGACAGUACUACAUGUGAUUAUUUUGCACAGCACAGCAAUGGAUCACAGCGCAGCCGAUGAGGGUUCUUCUCCCAGCAGACGACCUUCAAGUCCUGCUUCUAGAACACCUGUGGGUGUCAAAGGACAAGUGUCACUGAGCAGUCAAAGGCCCAAAGUAUUGAUAACUCCCUUUCACAGCUCACCCAUAGCCAAUGCAGCUUUUCACAGCAAACGGACAGCAACUGGGAACCCUCUGGGAUCUCCUGUCAGCUUUUUUCUGGGCACUGCUGGAUGUUUGACCACUCCACUCUUCAGAGAAAGACCUACUGCUGCUGCGAACUCAGAAAGACAGGCUCACAGUUCAGGCUCAUCACAGGUGACACCAGGAAAAAAAGUGCAAGCAAGUCCGUCUACUGACAAGGGUGCCAGCUUGAAGAUGUCAAAGUUGGCUGUGAGAGACUCAGUGAAGUCUGGACCGCUGUUCAACAUGGAGCUUCAUCACAGCCCCAAAGGCAAAGGAAAGAAGACCGUCUCCACUUCAGUCAAACCUCAGGCUGGUCUGAAGAGGAAGAAGCGAAAGAUGGGAAUGUACAACCUGGUCCCUAAAAAGAAGGCCAAGGCAGUUAAACAGCCAGAGAAGAAAGAGGAGCCUAAAGUCAGAAUGGAGAAGAACCAAACUGCAAUUGUUGAGAAACCAGUGACUCAUCCUGUAACUGUACAGGCUGGAGCAACGACAGCUGUCAGGAGGGAAUCACACGUGGAGGAGAUGGAGUCAGGACAAGGGAGCCAUGUAGAAUACACAGAGCUGGCUUUGGACUGCCUGGACCUGAAAGCUCAGCAGGAGCUUCUCUCACCAUCCGUAUCAGAAGGUCUGGCAGCAUAUUCUGAAGUGGCAGAAACAGACUUGGCUGAGGAAUUGCCGCUAUGCUGCUGUCGCAUGGAGACACCUAACAGCAGAGGAGGCCUCUCUGCGUUGGAUCAGACCUGCAUGGCCAUGGAGAGUGCAGAUGGAACGCUAAAUCGCUGUCACAGGCGAGUGAUGAAGCAGGAAAUGAUGCGCCCCUCCAACACUGUCCAUCUGCUGGUGUUGUGCGAGGAUCACCGAGCCGGUAUGGUCAAGCACCAGUGCUGCCCUGGAUGUGGACUCUUCUGUAGGACGGGCACCUUCAUGGAGUGCAGGCCCUAUGGCAGCAUCUCCCACCGCUUUCACCGUGACUGCGCCUCCAUCCUGAAGGACCGAAAGUUUUGCCCCCACUGUGGAGAGGAUGCCUGUGGGGCGAAGGAGGUCACAGUCCCCAAGGCUGAUCUGUCACCCUCUGUCCCUAGAUUGAAUCCUGAGUCAUCGCUUCCAGCUGUAUCUGCGGUGGCUACGCCAGCUUCAGUCCCAAACAUGUUACGAAUACAGGGGCUCAGAGCUAAAAAGAGCAGUGAGCCGCAGAGAGGCAGAGAUGAGAGCCCAAGCAGGUUAAAAGAUGAGGCUGUGAACACUGCAGAAAGACUUCCCAAAGAGUCACUGGAGAGCAUUCUGUUGGCACUGGAUGAUGAGAACCUCAAACCAAAGAAGGUCAAGUACCCCACAAGGCAGCUGUACAUUUCUGCAAAGCAGGGAGAGCUCCAGAAGGUCAUCCAGCUUCUAGUUGAUGGGAAGGACCCCAACUUUUUGAUGGAGGGCCAAAACAAAUGCACCCCCCUUUAUGCAGCAGCUGCUGAGGGUCACCAGGAGAUCUGUCACAUGCUGGUCCAGGCUGGAGCUAACCUGGACGUGUUUGAUGAGGACCAGAGAACACCACUGAUGGCAGCCUGUGAAAACAACCACCUGGACACGGUGAAGUAUCUUCUUCGAGCCGGAGCGUCCGUCAGCCACAAGGAUAUCAUGGGCUUCACUUGUCUGCAUCUGGGAGCUAAACUGGGGCAUUACAAUAUAAUCCAUCAUCUGCUCUCCAAGGCAUCCAAAUACAUCAACUGUCAGGAUGAUGGAGGGUGGACUCCCAUCACCUGGGCCAUCGAGUACAAGCACAAGGAGCUGGUCCACCUGCUGCUGGCCAAGGGAGCCGAUGUUAAUAUCAGAGAUAAGGAAGAGAAUGUCUGCCUACACUGGGCCGCUCUGUCAGGCUGCGAUGACAUUGCCCAGGCUCUGCUAGAGGCUCGAUGCGACCUAAAUGCUGUGAACAUUCAUGGUGAUACACCACUUCAUGUCGCUGCCAGAGAGAACCACCUGGAGUGCGUAAUGUUGUUUCUGUCUCGUGGAGCUGAUGUCAGUCAAAGGAACAGGGAUGGAGAAACAGCUCUGAACUGCUGUGCUUCCGGUUCCAAAGUGUGGACAGCCCUUAAUACCAACAAGAAGCUGACUGAUGCCAGGAGAGGAAGGGAAUGGCGUGGAGAGAGAGUGCUCAGCAGGGACAUUUCUCGGGGGUAUGAGGCAGUGCCUAUCACCUGUGUUAAUGCAGUGGACAGUGAGCCAUUGCCUGAAAACUUUAAAUAUAUACCAGACAGCUGUGUCACCUCCCCGCUGAACAUAGACAAAGAUAUCACUCACUUACAGCACUGCACCUGCACAGAUGACUGCUCAUCUAGCACCUGCAUAUGUGGCCAGCUCAGCUUGCGUUGUUGGUAUGACAGUGAGGGUCGACUACCACUGGACUUCUGCCAGCGGGAGCCCCCGGUGCUGUUUGAAUGUAACCAUGCAUGUUCCUGCUGGAGGACCUGCAGGAACCGUGUGGUCCAGAAUGGACUAAGGGUCCGGCUACAGCUGUUCAGAACACAGAAUAUGGGCUGGGGAGUGAGAGCCAUGCAGGAUAUCCCUCAAGGAACAUUCAUUUGCGAGUAUGUUGGCGAGAUCAUCACAGAUGGAGAGGCUGACAAAAGAGAGAAUGAUUCCUUCCUGUUUACUCUCGACAAUAAGGUUGGGGAUGCCCAUUGUAUUGAUGCAAGACUCUUUGGCAACAUUGGUCGCUUCAUCAACCACCUGUGUGAGCCCAACCUGCUGGCUGUGAGGGUGUUCACCAUGCACCAGGACUUACGCUUCCCCCGGAUAGCCUUCUUCUCCAGUCAGUCCAUCAGAGCUGGAGACCAGAUAGGGUUCGAUUAUGGUGAUCACUAUUGGAGGGUGAAAAGCAAGUACUUCAGCUGUCAGUGUGGAUCUAAUAAGUGUCGUCACUCAGUUGCUAGUAAAUAGAAACUCACUGAUUCCUCUUUGUUACUGUGGCCUCUUUAAUGUAAGAAACACUGCCUCCUGAACCAGGUACCAUGUAAGAGUAAUGUCAUGACUACAAGGAGUUAUGUUGUCUGAUAUUUACCUGAAAUGAAAGAGAGACAUGUUUUAAUCACCAAAGCACAAGAUCUAACUUAUUAUAAUGAAGUUACUUUUCUGCCAGAAAAAAUAGUCCUAAUGAAGACUGAGAGACUAACAGAUGAUUUUUACAUUCAUGGAUUCUUCCUUUCAUAUUUCUACGUGUGGAAUAAUGAAGUUAACUGAUUUGUGGUAGUCUGAGUUCUUUUGUGAACUUUAAGUUUUUAACCUCAUGUUUGCUUUGUAGUCAUUAAACAUAUUUUAUAUCAUCUGUGGUAUUUUUUUGUGUUAAUAGAGAAAUGUGUCAGUAGAUGCAGCUUUUUUUUCCUUCUUUUUGCUGGAUGAUGAGGUCUGUGUUACAUUUGGUAUUCCAGUUCAUCUCAGGCUUCUUGGAUUGAUGGUAGUGAUGUGUUGGUCUCGAACGAAACGGCUCUUAGAGGCGACUCUUUAAAGUGAACGACGCGAGCCGGCUCUUUAUUGGGAGCCGUGGGGGUUUUUUUUUCUCUCUUUCUCUCACCCUCUCUCUUGUACUGUUUUUCCUCUUCACUCCACACGCCAGCCUUGUGCUUUGCGCUGGGAAGAGGGGUGAGGGGCGGUAGUUACACUCACAGUAGCACAGGAACAGUGCCGGAGGGAAAGAGAGAGAGGAAGCGAGCCAGGGACAACAACGUCACAUUAGAAAGGUAUAGUAAUCAUCCACAACUAUUUUCAGUUGCGGAUGAUAAAGGAUUCAGAAAGUUUAUUCAUGCAGGCCCAUAUGACAGAGAAUGUGCAUCUUCUUUUUCAUAUUUAUAUUUAAUUGUGCUGUGGUUUGCAGUGUGUUGUGUUGUUUCACUUUAAAUUUGUUUAAAAGGAAAAAGCUGAAAAUUUAAA